CGAAUAGUCACAGUAAAGGCCGUGCUUUGCUGUUCAUUGCUUUGUCACUCUCGUGCCUCUCCACUCCUUCUUUCUCUCACUAUAUCGAAUGCGUAUACGUAUGUGUAUAUACGGUACUGGCAGCAGCAUGAGUACACAUUUCUCUCUCUAAACUAAAAAAGGUCUCGAGAUGGGCGUCUAUGAUAAUAAAGAGGGGACCUCUCUCUCUUCUCGUGUGGGAUAACAGCAGCAGGCAGCAGCUCAAAACAAAAAGCCCCCCUUUUCUCCUUUCCCUGUUCUGUUCCUUGUUUUUCACCCUCAACACCCACACACACCCUUUUGCUUCAUAACGAAAAAGAUCAAAUCUUUUUCCAUCAUCUGCGAGAUAAUCAUACAGUAUAGUAUCAAUCUCAAUGAGUGAGAGUGGCGGAGGCUCUCCGGGUGGAGAGACCCUGCCUUUGUUCAUGCAUCAGAGCCCAUUUCUUUCUGAUUGAAGAAGUGAAGGAAAACAACAGCGGGUCGGAGUGUUAUUCAAUUCUUUCUCUCUGUUAAAAAAACAAAAUACAAGAAUUGGGUGUACUGUGGGUUCGGCUAUGCACAGAGAAUCAUCCAACAGCGGUGGGAGUGGGAGUAACAGCAGCGGUAAGCAUCAGAUGGACAGCAGCAAAUACGUUCGGUACACUCCAGAGCAAGUGGAGGCCCUGGAAAGAGUCUACGCUGAGUGCCCAAAGCCGAGCUCACUCCGGAGGCAACAACUCAUCAGGGAGUGCCCCAUUCUGUCUAACAUUGAGCCUAAACAGAUCAAAGUCUGGUUCCAAAACCGAAGAUGCCGUGAAAAGCAAAGGAAGGAAGCUUCUCGUCUACAGACAGUGAACAGGAAGCUGAAUGCCAUGAACAAGCUCUUGAUGGAAGAGAAUGACCGUUUGCAGAAACAGGUCUCUCAUCUGGUUUGUGAGAAUGGUUACAUGCGACAGCAGUUGACUACUGUAAACACCACGACCACGGAUACGAGCUGUGAAUCUGUGGUCGUGAGUGGUCAGCAGCAGCAACAUCAAAACACAACACAGCAUCCACAAAGGGAUGCCAACAACCCAGCUGGCCUCCUCGCAAUAGCUGAGGAGACCCUGGCAGAGUUCCAUGGAAAGGCUACUGGAACUGCUGUCGAUUGGGUUCAAAUGAUUGGUAUGAAGCCUGGUCCGGAUUCCAUUGGGAUCGUCUCUGUUUCCCGCAACUGUAGCGGGAUAGCAGGACGAGCCUGCGGUCUUGUGAGCCUUGAGCCCACAAAGGUUGCUGAAAUUCUUAAAGAUCGCCCUUCCUGGUAUCGCGAUUGUCGUUGUCUUAGUGUGCUGAGUGCACUCCCAACAGGGAAUGGAGGGACUAUCGAACUCAUAUACAUGCAGACGUAUGCUCCAACAACGUUGGCAUCGGCUCGUGACUUUUGGACGCUUAGAUAUACUACGAGCUUGGAGGAUGGCAGUCUUGUGAUAUGUGAGAGAUCAUUGACGUCUAAGACUGGUGGCCCACCAGGACCUCCGACCACAAGUUUCGUGAGGGCAGAAAUGCUACCAAGUGGCUACCUUAUUCGUCCUUGUGAGGGCGGCAGCUCCAUGAUCCAUAUUGUGGAUCAUGUUGACCUUGAUGUUUGGAGCAUUCCUGAAGUUCUGAGACCACUCUAUGAAUCGUCCAAGAUUCUUGUACAGAAGAUGACAAUGGCUGCCUUCCGCCACAUACGGCAAAUAGCACAGGAAACAAGUGGGGAAGUGCAGUACAGCGGGGGUCGACAGCCUUCGGUUCUAAGGGCUCUCAGUCAGAAACUUUGCAGGGGAUUCAAUGAAGCUGUGAACGGGUUUGUUGAUGAUGGGUGGACUGUUAUAGGUAGUGACGGUGUAGAGGAUGUGACCAUUGCCAUUAACUCAUCUCCAAGCAAAUUCCUUGGUUCCAACUAUAACAACUUGUCUAUACUUCCAACUUUUGGCGGAGUACUUUGUGCAAGGGCAUCGAUGCUGCUUCAGAAUGUUCCACCUGCUUUACUUGUUCGUUUCCUGAGAGAGCACCGUUCUGAGUGGGCUGACUACGGGGUUGACACUUACUCUGCUGCUUCUCUGAAAGCUAGUCCGUAUGUCAUACCUUGUGCAAGGCCAGGAGGCUUACCUAGUAGCCAGGUCAUCUUACCUCUUGCCCAGACUGUGGAACAUGAGGAGUUCCUGGAGGUGGUUCGUUUAGAGGGUCAAGCCUUUUCUCCUGAGGACAUUGCUUUAUCACGGGACAUGUAUUUGUUACAGUUAUGCAGUGGGAUUGAUGAGAAUGCUGCAGGAGCUUGUGCUCAGCUUGUGUUUGCACCGAUUGAUGAAUCUUUCGGUGAUGAUGCUUCUUUACUUCCAUCUGGUUUCCGUGUCAUACCACUCGAACCAAAAUCAGAUGCGCCUGGAACAACUCGGACCUUGGAUUUAACUUCUACCCUUGAAGCUGGAAACGGUGGAACUCGUCCAGUUGGCAGUGAAGUUGAAUUUAGCAAUUAUAACCACCGUUCCGUUCUGACAAUCGCAUUCCAGUUUACUUUUGAGAACCAUUAUCGCGAGAGUGUAGCUGCUAUGGCUCGCCAGUAUGUCCGGAGCAUUGUUAGCUCUGUUCAGAGAGUUGCAAUGGCCAUUGCGCCAUCUCAUAUCAGCUCCCAUUUGACGCCAAAGACUGUACCUGGCUCACCAGAAGCUAUUACUUUGUCUCGUUGGAUCUAUAGGAGCUACAGAAUGCACACUGGGAGUGAACUUCUUCAAUUGGAGUCACAAGCUGGUGAUGCUGUGUUGAAGCAACUAUGGCAGCACUCUGAGGCCAUAAUGUGCUGCUCCGUCAAAAUGAAUGCAUCUGCUGUAUUCACAUUUGCUAACCAAGCUGGGCUAGACAUGCUAGAAACCACUCUUUUAGCCCUGCAGGAUAUAAUGCUCGAUAAAAUUCUAGAUGAAGCUGGCCGGAAAGUCCUUGUUUCGGAGUUCUCAAAGAUCAUGCAGCAGGGGUUCACAUAUCUACCUCCCGGAAUCUGCGUAUCUAGCAUGGGAAGGCCUGUGUCAUAUGAACAAGCUGUCGUGUGGAAGGUUCAGAAUGAUGAGGAUGCCAAUCACUGCCUAGCCUUCAUGUUCAUGAAUUGGUCUUUUGUUUAAGUCAACCAAAGGAGUUUCAUCUAGUAUGUAAUGCUUAGUAUGGGUAGGUACUAUAGAACAUUGCAGUUAGUUACUUAAAAGUGGAAGUUCUUGUGGUCAAACCUUUGUAUGACAUGAAGAAAAGCUGUAUGUCAAGCUGUUAUGUGCAAAAACAUAUUUGCAUGGGACAAUGACAUUAUGGUUAUGACAGGCAAUGUGUUUUUCUUAGUGGCCAAUGAUUCUAGCUGUCUAAGUUCUUUAUCAGCACAUCUUAUUUGUGAGGCUGUUUGUUGAAAUUUCAUUGAUGGUUGUUAUGCC